UUUUUUUUUUCUUCUUUAUACAUGCUCCUUUUGUAAGCUUUAUAUCACUACUAUUAUAACUGUUUACAUCUCAUUCAUAUCUAUUUAUUACAUUUAAACGUUCUUUUUUAUCCUUGAACGGUGCGUCUAUUAUUUUAUCUUUCUUUUUUUUUUUCCCUUAAAAAAAAGAGCUACUCUUCUUUUCAUUUAUAUUCUUUAAAACUAACUUUUGUUCUUUGACAACUACUAUCAUGUCUUCUGAUAUUGUACCUUCUCAUAAUAUUACUCAUAUUUCAUUGCCUGACGGUAGCAUCGUUAACAUCAAUGACUAUGUUUACUUUGCUCCUGAGCAUCUUGGUGAACCCUAUUACAUUGGCCGUAUUAUGGUGUUUUGCACUUCUACUAAACGUAAAGGCUUACAAGCACGCAUUGCAUGGUUUAACCGUCCCAAGGAUGUCAUCAAUCGGAAUUCAGCCGAUCGCUGUCUUUUAGUAGCUACCAUGCACUCCGAUGUCAAUCCUGUUUCUGCCAUUCGUGGUAAAUGCAAUGUGGUUCAUAAACAAUAUAUCCCCAAGGAAGAGUUAGAAAAUUAUCGCCAAGGCGAAGAUAAUUUUUAUUAUACUCAACUUUAUGACCGUUACAUUCAGCGUGUAUAUGAUAUCCUUCCUACUGAAGCCGUCCAAAAUGUGCCUAUGGAGACUCUUAAAGUUCUAAGAGAACGCUUUGAAUUCAUUGUUGUUGAACAAGGUAAGGUUGCUGAUCUUACUGUAGCAAGAAGAACUUGUUGUGUCUGCCAAGAGUGGUGUGAAAGUGCCAUUUCUGUAAGAUGUACGGUAUGCCAUAAAAGCUAUCAUAUGGCAUGUCUAAAUCCUCCUUUAACUCGUAAACCUUCAAAGGGGUUCGCUUGGCAAUGCGCCUUUUGUACUCGUCAAGAGCUUUUAAGAUUAUCUCUUGAUGAUAAUGAUGAUACCACUGCUAAUUUGCCUCAAGUAUCAUCAGCAAAUACUACGUCACUUCAUCUUGAUGUGAGUGCUAAAACAGCUAAUGACAAACAAAGCAAACAUAUUACCAGACAAACAAGGUCUACGCGUUCUCAAAUAGUGAAACAAAAGCAACAACUUCAACAACGACCCUUGCCUAUCCAAAUUAAUUCUUCUGAAGCUUCUUUUUCAUCAUCUACUACUAAAAACCCUGCUACUGUGUCGGAGUCUCAUAGCAACGAUAGUAAUUGCAGCAGCAUUAAAUUAAAAAUUAAUUUGAAAAAAAAUAGAAAUUUUAAAGAUCGUGUACUAAAAAUGACACACAUGUGGCCUUUCCGUUAUUUUGGUGUAAAUACAGAUGUUAAAGAUGUACUUGAUGUAGAUGAUCGUAUUUAUCCUAGAGCCAAGAGUAGAAUGGGUCCAAAAUAUCAAGCAGCAGUACCAGAUUUUAUUGAAUGUUCUUCUUCCCUUGUGCGUUCUUUAUCCCCCAAUGGAGUUGGCUCAUGUAACACUAAAUUAAAUAUAUCCAAUGACAAAAAGAGAAAGUCAUCUGAUCUUGAUACUUGUGAAUCCUCAUCUCCUUUAAGCGAUAUUCGUUCCUGCAAUAUCGCUUCUUCCGGUCAUACGAAUGACAAUCCUAAUAAAAAAUAUAAAAAGUCAUUAGAUAGAAAAGGAAAAUCUACCUCACCACUUAGUCAAAAGAAAUCAGGAACUGCAAGUCCAGUCAACUUAUCUAGAAGUGAAUUACUUGAAAAAUCUCUUAUACCUAUAAGAGGCACAGAUGAAACAUUAUGUUCUGCUUUUAAUCCUAAUUUUAUUGAUUCAGAAAAGUUGGACACGUAUUUAUCUUUAGUUAAAGAACUAAAUAAUUUACCCUUACCUUGUUAUAGUUCUGAUAUGAUGGAUAAAGCUCUUUCUAUACUUGUUGAUGCAAACUACAAUAUCAAAGUCGCUUUAGAGACUAUGAAGACAAUUACAAAAGAUGAUUUUAAACAUCUUGUUCACUGGAGUAAAAAAGAAAUGGAUGCCUUUGAACAGAGUAUUCGUGAACAUGGCCAUGACUUGAAUUGUGCCAAGGCAAGCGUUCAAACAAAAGAUAUGGCUGAUAUUGUAAGAUUUUUCUACAAAUGGAAGAAAACAGAUCGAUAUGAACCUGUCUAUUCAGAAUGGACAAAGAUUUUUAAGCCAUUAAAAAAAUUUAAAAAUUAUUCAUCAGACAAUAACGAAGACGUUUCUAAGGAUAAUGAAGAGCAUUCUGAAACAGUCACCGAUGAGGAAGAAGAAGAAGAAAAAGAAAAAGAAAUAAUUAUUGAUCAAACCGUUGUUCCAAAAUCAACCUAUGCCACAUCAUCGUAUCAUUGUAUGAAUUGUCAUACAAAGUCUUCCAAAAUAUGGAGAAGGUCUCCUUCAGAUUUUGAUCGCAAACAAAAAGUAUUUACAAAAGUACUCUGUAAUGAUUGUGGUAUUUACUGGCUGAAAUAUGCACGAACCAAGCCAAUUGAUCCUAAAGAGCGUUUAGCUAAUGCUACUAUGUCUUAUAAUAAACAGACAUCCAUCUCAGUUGCAAGUAAAUCUGGAAAGCCUAUUGCAUCUCAUCCUACUACAAUCUCUAGUAGCCCCUCUAAGAAUAUAGAUACCAAUGUAAAUAAUAAAAAACGUAAAAAUCCUGCUGAUCAUGUUCAACAAAAGCCAAACGUUAAAAGGCGUAAAGAAGAGAGAGCUGAUAUUGAAGAAAAUGCCAAGCUCGAACAUUUACCUUGUCAAAUUUGCUCUAGUUCUGAUUCUCCUGAACUCCUUUAUACCUGUCGUAAUUGCGGAUUAAUAAUACAUAGUGAUUGUUAUGGUAUCCAGGAGAAUAAAGAGUCGUUUGAUUGGUUAUGUGAUCCAUGUAGCAAUCAAUAUCAUCCAAUUUCUUCAUACAAUUAUGAAUGUGUACUAUGUCAUCAUGGUGCUACUAGCCAGCAACCUUUAAAACGUACCUCUGGAUACUAUUGGGCUCAUGUUCAAUGCGCAGCUUUUAUUCCAGAGAUCAAGUUUAUCUCUACUACCCUUAUGUCACCUGUAGAGUAUAUUGGUUGUGUGAAUAAGUCUCGUAUGGAAGCCAAGUGUUGGUUAUGUAAUCAAGAGAAUGGCGCUUGUGUACCUUGCUCGGAAUGUAAAAAGACAGUACAUAUACAAUGUGCAAUAGAAAAUAAUUUCAAACUUGCAUUUGAAAUUGUCCCAAUCAGUAGCAAAUCAUCCAUGAAUUGUCCAGUUAUUUCAGAUGGUUUAUUUACUAUUAACAAUAUGCCAUCACCAUCUGGAUUAAUGGUUCCACAAGUAUGGUGUCCACAUCAUAAUCUAUCAAGUAAAAGACUUAUUGACCUUAGUACUCGAACCAAUAAUAGUAGUAAAAAGUCUUCAUUAAAAACAUUUAUUGAGAUAUAUAAAGGUGUGUCAAAUAAAACUACUCCAGCAAUGAGACGUUGGUGUGCAGCUAAGCACUUUACUACUUCAAAGAAAACCCAUCAUCCCAAGAUUCCAAAUUCAAAAGAAGCAGUUAUGGAAUCUUUUAAUAUGGAUGAUAAAGUACUAUCAUUUGUUUGUUUAUCUUCAGCAAAUACAAGUAAAAGCAAUAAGAACAAGUUGACAGAGGCAUCUUCAAUAUCCAGCAGCAACUCAAUAGGAACAAAGCUUAAAAAUGGAAAAAAAGUGCGUAUCUCUCGUGUCUGUUCAACAGAAGGUUGUCAAGUAGAGCAUACGGCCAUUUGGUGGGAUCAUCCCGAAAAGAAAGAUCAAAAAAUUUGUCAUAAAUGUCAUCAAUCAUUGAAGGAAGCUGGUUCUUCUUCUGCAUAAUAUCAUUUCACUUUACAGUCAACAAUGACUGUUAUUUAAUUAUUUAAACCAUGAUUCUACAUAACCUUUAUGUAAUAUUAUAGUUAAUACUAAAUAAUUGUUCAAUAAAUUAUCUGUUCACUC